AUGCCCUACACGCCGUCUGGGUUUUUCUGUGACCGAUUGAUCCGGGAGAGAGAGAGAAGAGACGGGGAAGGAUCUCUAAGCAAGCCCAUCCGCUUCAAUGGCCAGGACUAUAGCAGCCUCAGACAGGAGUGCGUCACCAAAAAGGCCCUAUUUGAGGAUGACACCUUCCCAGCCACUGUGGAGUCCCUUGGCUACAAGGAGUUGGGGCACAAGUCCAACAAGGUCAAGAACAUUAUCUGGAAGAGGCCCAAGGAAAUCUGUGAGAAUCCACAGUUCAUUGUAGGAGGAGCCAGCAGGACAGACAUCUGCCAAGGAGAUUUAGGUGAUUGUUGGCUCCUGGCAGCUAUUGCAUGCCUGACACUGAAUGAGAAGCUGCUCUAUCGUGUUGUCCCUCAGGAACAAAGCCUCUCUGAUAAUUAUGCUGGAAUCUUCCACUUCCAGUUCUGGCGCUAUGGUGACUGGGUGGAUGUUGUUAUUGAUGACCGCAUACCCACCUUUAACAACCAGCUGGUAUUCACCAAGUCUGCAGAAAGGAAUGAGUUUUGGAGUGCUCUUCUGGAAAAGGCCUAUGCUAAGCUCCAUGGCUCUUAUGAAGCCCUUAAGGGUGGAAACACCACUGAGGCCAUGGAAGACUUCACAGGAGGAGUAACAGAGUUCUAUGAGAUGAAAGAGGCACCCAAGGAGCUGUACAAAAUUAUGAAAAAGGCCUUGGAGAGAGGCUCACUCAUGGGCUGCUCUAUUGAUUCCCUUGUGCCAGCUCGCUUUGAAACCCGAACAGCUACAGGACUGGUCAAGGGCCAUGCCUACUCUGUGACAGCUGUGGAAGAGUGUAAGCAGUCCCAACAAAAGGAGUCUAAGGUACGCCUUGUGCGUCUCCGAAACCCAUGGGGCCAAGUUGAAUGGAACGGACCCUGGAGUGACAACUCAAAGGAGUGGUCCACUAUCUCCAAAGCAGAGAAAGAUAAAUUGCAGCACCAGAAUGCAGAGGAUGGGGAAUUUUGGAUGUCCUUUGAGGAUUUUAAGAAAAAUUACACCAAGAUUGAGAUCUGUAACCUGACUCCUGACGCUUUGGAGGAUGAUAAGAUUCAUAAAUGGACAGUAUCUGUGAAUGAAGGCCGCUGGGUGAGGGGUUGCUCUGCUGGGGGCUGCAGGAAUUAUCCAGACACAUUCUGGACAAACCCACAGUACCGCCUUCGUCUUCUGGAGGAGGAUGAUGACCCAGAGGAUAAUGAGGUGGCCUGUACCUUUGUGGUGGCCCUCAUGCAGAAGAAUCGACGGAAAGAGCGCAAGUUGGGAGCCAACCUGUUCACUAUUGGUUUCUCCAUCUAUGAGGUGCCAAAGGAGAUGCACGGCAACAAACAGCACAUGCCAAAGGACUUUUUCCUGUUCAACUCCUCCAAGGCACGUAGCAAAUCCUACAUCAACCUGCGUGAGGUGACACAGCGUUUCCGUCUGAGCCCUGGGGAGUAUGUCAUUGUUCCCUCUACAUAUGAGCCCCACCAAGAGGGAGAGUUCAUCCUUCGUGUCUUCUCUGAGAAGAGGAACACCUCAGAGGAAAUAGAGAACAGGAUCGAAGCUGACCAUCCAGUGCCAGCUCCAGCCUCGGCGGGGGAGGAGAGCGAGGAGGAACAGCAGUUCCGAACCAUUUUUCAGCAGAUCGCCGGGGACGUGAGUACAGGGGAGCCAGGGAGCGAUAGGGGGACUGAAAUGGAGAUUUCUGCGAAUGAGUUAAGGAAUGUCCUGAACAGAGUGAUGUCUGAGAAUAUAGAUCUGAGAACAGAUGGCUUCAGUCUAGAGAGUUGCCGAAGCAUGAUUGCUCUCAUGGAUAUGGACGGGACUGGAAGACUCAAUCUGCAGGAGUUCAGAUACUUGUGGAAUAAGAUCAAACAGUGGCAGGGAAUAUUUAAGCACUAUGAUUAUGAUCAGAAGGCCAGUAUCAACAGCUAUGAAAUGAGGAAUGCCGUCAAUGAUGCAGGCUUCCGUCUCAACAACCAGCUAUAUGACAUCAUCACCAUGCGCUAUGCCAAUGAGAACAUGAAUAUUGACUUUGACAGUUUUGUCAGCUGUCUAGUUCGACUGGAAGGAAUGUUCAGAGCAUUCCAGGCCUUCGAUCAGGAUGGGGAUGGGACAAUCAGACUCAGUGUGUUAGAGUGGCUGCAGCUGACCAUGUAUGCCUAGACAGACUGAGACACAAGACCAUCACUGUAAGGAGCAGAACAACCAGCUUUUACCUCAACAAUCCAGACCACCAUCAUCCACUCUCUUUCUCCGUACCUCAGCAUAAGUUCAAGAAAAAGGCAAUGUUCCCAUACUCAAAACAAACUGUUGCUCCUAAUCAAACUGAUCUAGAGAGAUAAUGAGCUAGCAGAGAAAUAUGGUUUAUAAACUUUGAUUACUCUGACUAGCCAAAUGAAGAUUUCAUCCAUCUCUUCAGAUCAGAUUGAAAAAAAAAGGAGUAGGUUUUCAGAUGUGGCCUCCAGUACUGUUGUUCUCUCUAUGUUCAAAACAACCUAUUUUACUUUCUUCCUCCUUUGUAACACCAUUCAACUCAUUAUCCUCAUUUCACCAACCGCUAAUGCCUCCUUUUCCCUAUUCGCUUCCCCUCAUGUCAGGUCCUUUUGACCUAUGUAGGAAUUCUCUCUUAACAGUCUUCCUCCUUUACCCCGUGUUUCUUUUCCUUUGAAGUUCCUUAUCUCUCACGUGUUGACAUUUUUUUUUUCUCAGGCAUCAAACACACACAAAACCUCUUUUUCUGUCAAGACAGAGCGCCUCACAAAGCCUCAGACAGAACUCAGAUCACAUCUCUUAUGUUUGUUGUUCUUCUUGGCUUCCGUGCCAAGAUUUACUCUAACAUGUAUAUCCAAGCUCCUCUGGUUAUAACCCAAUCCAGUCCAGAGUUUUAUUCAUCAACUUGAUUCAGAAGACAGCUAAUCCAGUCAUGGAUCACGGAUACAUUACCUUCACGUGAGGGAAGAAGCACAUCUUCUAAACCCUGCUCUUUUUACUCCUGAUUCCGUCACUGGAAUUGUAUUACCUAUGUGCUGACGCUACCCCGACCAUACGUAAACCAUUUUUUAAAUCUACAUUUGAUAAAUCAUAGAAGCACAAAAAUGUGAUUAUAAGAGUCUCCUGGAACCAUCAGAUUAAUUCUGUAAGAGCUUCAGGAGGGAACAGAAAACUCUACUUGUAGUAGUGUUCAUAAUUACCAUAUCAAACUGUAAACAUGGAUAUGGGUUGAAAGUUUUUUUGUGGUUUCCGAUUUAAUCUUUUGGUCAAAUGAGUGUACUGAAUUCUUAACCCUUUAAACCAAAUAAAUACUUGUGCAGUUCUUAUUUGAAGUGC